UGCGCACGGAGCGCAGCGCCCGCCCUCCCGCUGCACACGGACGUCGAGGCGGCGAUGAGACUCCCGCUGGCUUUCGCCGUGCUUCUCCUGGCCUCGGCGCAGGCGCUGGCCGAGGAGCUGGGUGCCACCGACGACCUCAGCUACUGGUCCGACUGGUCCGACGGUGACCAGGUGAAGGAGGAGCUGCCGCUGCCCCUGGAGCACUUCCUGCAGAGGAUGGCCCGGAGACCCCGGCCCCAGCAGUUCUUCGGCCUCAUGGGCAAGCGGGAUGCCGGAUAUGGCCAGAUCUCUCACAAAAGGCAUAAAACAGACUCCUUUGUUGGACUUAUGGGCAAAAGAUCUUUAAAUUCUGGAUCCUCUGAAAGGAGCGUAGCACAGAAUUACGAGCGGAGGCGUAAAUGAGACAUCCGUGUGCAUUAUUUCUUGAACUUCAUUUGUUCCAAUGGCCAAUGUAGUGUAAGAUAAACUAACCACUGUAUGGAAUAUUUAUUUAUUUAAUAAUAACCAAGGGGGUUUGGGUUGGUUUGGGUUUUUUUGAGUUGUACGUUCAAUAAAAUGUUUAUUUUUCAUAUUGUGGCAGUGAUACAUGUUGUGUAGGUGUAUUGUGGUUCAGAAAGGACCAGCAACCCUGUUGACAUUUCACAACAAAGCACAUUAUUUGAUAUGACCCAUAAAGUUAUAUUCACUAAACAAAGAGAAUAUUCUUUUGUUUGUUGAAAGCGAGUCUAUCAGCUUCACAGCCAGUGCAGAACAGAGCUGAUGUACAGUCUAGUGCCUCAAUUUGUUUUCAUGGUUUAUAAUGUACUGUAAUUUCCGUAUCAAAAAAUAUAUUUGUAUCAUUGCAGCAUGUUUUAUGUUUUGUGACUACGUAUCUAUAUAUUUUUAAAAGGGUGGGUGGGUAAGGUUUGAAUGUGAAUCUGAGGUCUUCAUUUCAUAGUCUGGAAUUUUAUGAUAGUAACAUUUUAAAUAAAAAAUACUCUGGGGAUUUUGCAACA